AGACACCGGAAUUCCAUUCGCUUCUUUACUCGCUCAGGGUUGGUAGCAUUUGAUCUGCUCGGCGGCGGGCGCAGGCUGGUGUGAUAAUCUGAUUACGAACCGAACUCUGGUCUUCGGGGCAAGCUCGGUCUGAUCAACCCCAUUAUACCUCUCGGUGUAUCGGGGCUGAGAUGGCACCAUACCUUUGUCCGGGGUGAAUGAGGGGCCCGACUCUAGCUACAAGUCGUGACGCUUUAUCAGAUCCAUUUGUAAUCGCUACGAAGGCGAGAAAUCCGCCCUGCAUCAGCAUACUGGAGUGGUUCCCAAGAAGCAGGUUGAGUAACGUAGUCUAGCCGAAAGAUCUCUAACUACCUAUAAAGAGGCCAAUUCCUCAUUUACUAAUCUGCCCGCAUCCUCACUCCUCCACACUUUUAUUCGCCGUUGACCUCUACACGGUACAGCCGGAAUUUUCAGUUGAGAAAAUAAUCAAAUCAAUUCACCAUGUCUUCAAAUCCUGAUAUUACACUCUAUACAGCCCAAACUCCCAAUGGCAUCAAAAUCUCCAUUCUGUUGGAGGAGCUAGGUCUCCCAUACAAAGUCGAGAAAAUCGACAUAAGCAAAAACACUCAAAAAGAAGACUGGUUUCUUAAAAUCAACCCGAAUGGCCGAAUUCCGGCUCUCACCGACGGCUCAUACGCCGACGGCAAGCCGAUCAGCCCCUUUGAAUCCGGUGCUAUCAUGCUGUACCUCUCUGACACCUACGAUAAGGACUAUAAGGUGUCUUUUCCCCCUGGCACUCGCGAGUACUACGAGAUGUUAUCGUGGCUGUUCUUCUUGAACGCGGGUGUCGGUCCCAUGCAGGGCCAAUCGAACCAUUUCGGGCGAUACGCCCCAGAGAAGAUCGAGUACGGGAUCAAUCGCUAUAAGAAUGAGACGCGCCGGCUGUACGGCGUGCUGGACAAGCAUCUUGCGGAGGGGAGAGACUACCUGGUGGGCGACGGGAAGAAAUGCAGCGUGGCGGAUAUCGCACACUACGGAUGGGUUGCCUCAGCCGGAUGGGCGGGCGUGGAUAUCACCGAGUUCCCGAAACUGGAGGCAUGGGAACUCCGGAUGGAACAAAGGGAAGGGGUGAAGAAGGGGAAAGAGGUGCCCAGUCCGCAUAGGAUCAAGGAGCUGCUGAGGGACCAGGCGAAGGUGGAGGAGGAGGCGAAGAAAACCCGGGAUUGGGUGCAAGGGGGCAUGAAAGCGGAUGCGAAGCGUUGAGAGAUAAACAGGCACCCUUUCAAGUCGUAAGGAUGUACAUGAAACCUAGCUGUGAUAUAUAUUCAGGACCAAGUCUACCUUAAACCCAUUGGGUGCUGGCAGCUAUUGUUGAUGUGGUGCUGCCGUUGGACGUACUGGGUUCUACUAACGAUUGCGUGGCCUUAUAAACUUUGAUGGUAUCG